UCCCUUUCCCUCCUCUCCAUUUACCCUCUGUGCAAGCGUACCGUAACGGUUCCGGCACCUCCGAUUUCCCGCCACAGCUACCUCUGGUUUCAGGCCUUGCGAUUUCUCAAGUCCGCCCAUUGCAGACCACUAUUCUACACCAGGCGGCUUUCCCGGCGACCUCUGCAACUCCGAUCUUCCUUCCUUCUUUUGAUACUGUUGUCAAAGAGCUGAUGAUGGAUUUUUCUUCCUUCAAGAUGGAUAUUGAUGAGCUCAUAGAUGAGUUUGUUAAGGGUGAAUCAACAACAUUGGCUGAUAUGAAGAAAGUUUGGCUCUCAAGGAAGUUCUCAUACAUCUUUGAGGCUAGCCCUUCCAAUAACUUGGCCUUCUUUAUGCAAUCACUGUAUGCCCAUACUAUUGGUCAUAUAUGUAACACUGAUUCUUUAUCAGUGAGACUCGGAGGACUCUAUUGCCUUUACUGCCUUUAUGAAACUCAACCAUUCAAACCUCCUUUCAAAAUUUAUAUCUCUCUUGGAGAACUGGAGAAACUUAGAGUCCUUGUCGCCGAUGCAAAAGCUAAAUAUAUAAAGGCAGUACCAUCAUUGGUAAACCGGAUGCUAGAAACAAACAUGUUUCUUUUUGGGUUUGUGGACAUAAAUAAAGGCUCUGAUAGUGAGACAGUUAAACAGCUUACAGAGUUUCAGAAUACUUGCAUAAAAGUUGCAAAUGAUCGGUUAUUUAAAAAUUCUAAUAUUGAGCAUUACCUCCAUAUGGACUUGGGUAGGGAGGUUGAUCUGGAUCUGCUGAAGCAAAUGUCUGCAGAAUAUGCAGAGGCCAAGAAACAAGCAAUUGAAGCGGCCAGUGAGGUGGUAGAUGUGCAGAACAUAGAGCAUAUAUCUGACAGUAAGGAAUGCCUUGGUGACAUAAUGGAGAAUGUAGUCGAGAACUGGAAUGUCCAAAAGGAAGCCUUUUGUGAACAAACGGGACUAAACCAGCAAAAUGAUGAUGGAUUUGAUGAACUCUAUCAACUACUGGAGCAAUCUGAUGAAUAGAGUCCACAGUGACGGUAGGUUCAGUUCCUCAUGUAAACUAAUUGUUUGAUUAACAUCUCUCAUCUAAUCUUUUCAUUGAUCUAUUUAGAUCUAGGUGUUUCUAAAAGCAAAGUCUGAAUUCUAACUCUGAGUAAUUGUCUUCACUUUCUGGCAUAAAAGUUUCUGGAUUUCUUUAUUGUUAUUAGGAUGAUCAUGGUGUUGGAGUAAAAUGAGUUGAUAGAGUGCAAUAUAUAUGUAGAGGCCCAUGAACUUGAUGAACAUCUUUUUUGAGUUUAAUAUGGCAUGUCUUUUGGGUUUAAUAUGGCAUGUCUUUUGGGUUUAAUAUGGCACCUUCUUAUAUAUGUUCAUGCUGUGUACGCUUCCAAGCCGACCUGGUUGACUCCCAACAAAUGGUAUUAGAGCCAAUGGUGUAAUCAGUGAUAAAGAUGGGUUUGGUCAGGAUUGAGUGUGGAGAAGUCCAUGGAAGAAAGACUCCACGUAGUCCCAUGGCAGAAGUGGAAGAUUAAGAUAUCUUCAGAGAUUGAGGACUUGUGUUGUCUUCGACAAGCGGGCUGAGGUUCGUAGUUACACUCACGGGAGGGCAAAUCAUAGACUUGGGAGAGAACCCAGGGGUAUUAGUUCACAUGUGAGGUGGAGUUAAGAGAUAUAAGAUCCCACGUCAAAGAGAAACAAGGUGUUAAAAGUGCAAUAUAUAUGUGAGGGCCCAUAAAUCUUAUAGACAUGUUUUUGAGGGUUAAUAUAGCGUAACCUUUUAUGUGUUUGUUCUCUGUUGUGUCACUUUUUUCGGGCAUUGUUCAAAAGAAAAAAUUGCUGUGGCAUUUUGUACCACUACUUUCUAAUUUCUAUGCUUAGAAAGUAAUGCAAUGUGUAGUUGUGGAGCAUUUUUCUGACUUGCUUCUGUUGUAUUCCGUGAACUUCCCCUUUGAA